UCCCCUAGCGCCAUGGCCGCCGCCUCGUCCGCCGCCUCUGUCGCCACUUCUGCCGUGUCUCCGUCGGGAUCGGCGGGGUCGGCGGAGGAGUUGCUGCAGAAGAGCAACGCCGAGGAGGUCGAGGAGGAGCUGGAGGACGACGACGACGACGACGAGCUCGACGAGACCUUGGCCGAGAGACUGUGGGGCCUGACGGAGAUGUUCCCUGAAAGCGUCCGGUCCGCCGCAGGAGCCACCUUUGACCUCUCCCUCACAGUGGCCCAGAAAAUGUACAGAUUCUCCAGGGCAGCUCUGUGGAUCGGGACCACCUCAUUCAUGAUCCUCGUUCUUCCGGUCGUCUUUGAAACGGAGAAGCUUCAGAUGGAACAGCAGCAGCAGCUACAGCAGCGGCAGAUACUCCUUGGUCCUAAUACGGGGCUGUCUGGAGGGAUGCCAGGGGCCCUACCUCCACUUCCUGGAAAGAUUUAGAGGAAAUCAGCUGCAUCUGACUGUGCUUGAGGGGAAAAGUUUCAAAUUCAACUGUUUGCAAACUGUUGAUUAUUUGAAAUGUUUUUGUUUUUUCUGGGUUUUUUGGGGCAUGUUGAACCAUCUGAACACUAUGGGCAGAAUCCUCCCCACCCCCUCUCUAGAGGUGUGUGUCUUUCAGCUCUGCCAUCCACACUGGCAUGAGGUUUUUUUCUUCAGUGCUCCUCCUCUGAUACGAGUGAGUGCAAGGAUGCAGUGACCCCAGCUCUGGCCUCCCAUCCCCAUUGCUCAGCUGCCUUCAAUAAGAGAUCCCUUGCCUUCUCCUGGGGGAACGGAAGGCAGCCAGGAGUGUGCUCCUGACCAUUCAUUGAGAACUGUUGGGGGAGAAACUCGAAUCAGACCCAGUGCAUCAAGUGUGGGGUUGACAAGAGUCACUGUGAAUCUGUGUGUUCUCGAGGCCAGGGGGGCAGAGGUCAGGAUGAAGGAAUUAUGGCUUCCUCCUGGCGUGCUGGCUGUUUUUGUUUGCCCGGUAAAGCAGUGUGUGUAUGAGAAAAUCAGCGCUGAUGUUUUGUAUUAAAUAAUAAAAAUGAUUCCAACUCCGG